AUGAGCUCUGUCAAGUGGGAAAUCCAAACUCAAGAGAAGCAGCUCCACCAAGUCCAGCAGAACUUCUCGUUGCACAGCGCACUUCUUCUCAACAAGCUGGACAAACUGGAAGCUCAUUUAAUAGCCGUGGAAGAAAAAAACCUUAAAUUGAGAAAUGAUAAGAAGUCACUAAAGAAGCUGUUGCCAAACUCAUACCUUUUCAAGCAAUGGACUGUUGAACUUUCUGAGGAUGACCAGAGGAAGGCUGAGGAUCUCUUUCAGGAAUACGGUUAUAAUGCCUUCCUCAGUGACCAGUUGCCUCUGGACCGGGAGCUGCCGGACACUCGAGACCACAGAUGCAUUGGCCGUGAAUACCCCCACUAUCUGCCCACCCUCAGCGUGGUGCUGAUUUAUUUGGAUGAGGCUCUGUCUGUCAUUCAAAGAGCCAUUUGCAGCAUCAUCAACAGAACUCCAGCCCACCUGCUCAAAGAGAUCAUACUGGUGGACGACCACAGCACAAAUGAAGAUCUGAAAACACAGCUGCAUGUUUAUAUCACUUCCAUCAAUGAGAAGCACCCAGGCCUGGUAAAGUUGGUGACCCAUUCAGAGCAGAAAGGACUUUCCCAGGCCAGAAUCUCAGGGUGGAAGGCUGCCACUGGGGAUGUGGUUGCCAUUUUGGAUGCCCACAUUGAGGUCCAUGUCAAAUGGUGUGAAACUGCUCAGCUAACUUCAGUAUUUGGCAAUAAAUGA